AUGCCGUUUAUGAUAGGUAAAGAACCUAUACGAAGAACGCUUAACUAUUUAAAAGCAGGAAAAUUAGUUCUAAAGGAUAAAAUACAAAUAUUAUCCAUUAAUUAUAAUAGUAGCGGGGAACAUCACUCAGGAGCGAGAGAUUUCAUAUUUUGGUACUUACCACAAAUACUAUACCAAAAUCCAAAUGUACAAAUUGUUACAUUUAAAAAUAUAACACCAUCUCCUUUUAUAAAAUGUUAUUAUGAAAAUGGAAAGACGAUGUUAAUAGAUAUAGAUAGUCAACCAAAAGAAAGCAUUCUUCAACAUCUUAUUAAAGUGAUUGGUAAAUCAAAGGAACUUUUAAUUGAAGAAGAAAUAGCCAAAGAAAAGAAAGAUAAUCCUGCUAACUUUGGUGUUGGUUGUAAAAAAAGUUGCAUAUGUGAAAUUCCUGGACAAGUUCCAUGUCCUGGUGUAGUACCUCUCCCUUAUCAUAUGAGGGGAAAAACAUACUUAAAAAAAUAUUAAUGUAAAUAUAUUGAAUAUAAAUGUAAUAUCUAAAUAA